CUUCGAACUAGGGUUUCUUAGCGGCACAAACCUACGGCUCCGUUGUUCUAUCUCCUUCUCUUCCUCUGCUUUUAGCGUAAGGGUUCUUUUUUUUUUGGAAGUAUGUCUCACAGGAAGUUUGAGCAUCCAAGACAUGGUUCUUUGGGUUUCCUUCCAAGGAAACGAGCGUCUAGACACCGUGGGAAAGUGAAGGCCUUCCCCAAGGAUGAUCCUACAAAGCCAUGCAGAUUCACUGCUUUCCUAGGAUACAAAGCCGGGAUGACUCAUAUCGUGAGAGAAGUUGAAAAACCUGGAUCAAAGCUCCACAAGAAGGAAACAUGUGAAGCUGUCACUGUGGUUGAGACACCACCGAUGGUAGUGGUUGGUGUUGUGGGCUAUGUGAAAACGCCCCGUGGACUCCGCACACUAGGCACCGUGUGGGCUCAGCAUUUGAGCGAAGAGUUGAGGAGGAGGUUUUACAAGAACUGGUGCAAGUCGAAGAAGAAGGCUUUCACCAAGUACUCAAAGAAGUACGAAACUGAUGAGGGUAAGAAAGACAUCCAGGCUCAAUUGGAGAAGUUGAAGAAAUACUGCACCGUUAUCCGGGUUCUUGCUCACACCCAGAUCCGGAAAAUGAAAGGGCUGAAACAGAAGAAGGCUCACUUGAUGGAGAUUCAGAUCAAUGGUGGCGAUGUAGCCAAGAAGGUGGACUAUGCCUACAGUUUCUUUGAGAAGCAGAUUCCAGUUGAUGCAGUCUUCCAGAAGGAUGAGAUGAUUGACAUAAUCGGUGUGACGAAAGGUAAAGGUUAUGAAGGUGUUGUCACGAGGUGGGGUGUGACCCGUCUUCCGAGGAAGACCCACCGUGGUCUUCGCAAGGUGGCAUGUAUCGGAGCUUGGCAUCCAGCUAGGGUUUCUUUCACCGUCGCCAGGGCCGGGCAAAACGGAUACCACCAUCGGACGGAGAUGAACAAGAAAGUUUACCGGAUGGGGAAAUCUGGACAAGAGUCUCACUUGGCCAUGACUGAAUUCGACAGGACCGAGAAAGACAUUACGCCGAUGGGAGGGUUUCCUCACUAUGGGGUGGUGAAGGAAGACUAUUUGCUGAUCAAGGGAGGUUGCGUGGGGCCCAAGAAACGAGUGGUGACUCUGAGACAGUCGUUGAUUCAGCAGACGUCGAGGGUUGCAUUGGAGGAGAUCAAGCUCAAGUUCAUAGACACAUCUUCCAAGUUUGGGCAUGGUCGGUUCCAGACCACCCAGGAGAAGUCCAAGUUCUUUGGUAGGGUUCAAGCUUGAUUCCGAUUCGCAAAAAAUGGACCAUUCUUCUUCUGUUCUGCGAUUUGUUAUUGAAAGAUUAUGGGGUUUCUUUUUUGAAUUGUUCAUCAUAACCCGAGUGUGAUGGUGUUUUAGUUAUAUUUUGGUUUUAAAAUGUGAUGCUUUUGGUGCUAUAAUGCAUUUUCUAUC